UUCAAUAAGACAAAUUUUCAAUAUUGAACUAGUUUGCUCUCAAAACUCCCAGUUGUCCUAUUCUAUUGAAUUAACUCAACGUUUGAAGCUUCAAUUUCCAAUUUAAUUUCAAGUUGAUAGUGGUGCAAAUCUCUGAAGGAAAGUUACAAAUGAAAUUGUGUCCUAGAGAGGUUGAGAAACUAGCUCUUCAUAAUGCUGGUUUCCUUGCGCAAAAGCGUCUUGCUAGUGGUCUUAGGCUCAAUUAUACCGAAGCUGUGGCUGUCAUAGCAACUCAGAUUUUAAGUUUUGUUCGUGUUGGAAACAAGAGUGUGGCAGAACUUAUGGACAUCGGGAAGCAGCUUCUUGGAAGGCGACAGGUCCUUCCAGCUGUUGUUCACAUUUUACAUACUGUCCAGGUUGAAGGGACCUUCCCAGAUGGGACUAAGUUGAUCACCAUCCAUGAUCCUAUUGCUAGUGAAAACGGAAACUUAGAGUUAGCUCUUGAUGGUUCCUUUCUUCCAGUUCCAUCAUUGGACAGAUUCCCGGAGUUGGAAGACGAUAUUGUACCCGGUGAGCUAAAGCCUGGGGUUGGAGACAUCUCCCUGAACAAUGGCAGGAGAGCAGUAAUCCUCAAAGUUGUUAACAACGGAGAUAGACCGGUUCAGGUUGGCAGUCACUAUCAUUUCAUUGAGGUGAAUCCUUCCUUAAUAUUUGAUCGAAGAAAAGCUUAUGGCAUGCGAUUGAAUAUACCUGCCGGAACAGCAAUACGGUUUGAGCCAGGGGAUCCAAAAAGCGUCACUCUUGUAAGUAUUGGAGGUAAAAGAUGCAUUAGAGGAGGGAACAACAUUGCUUAUGGUCCAGUUGAUGAUGCCAAAAUUAAAACUAUAAUGGACACUAUACAUUCUAGAGGAUUUGGACAUUCAGAUGAAGAUAAUGCCAGUAGAGGAGUCACCGGAGAAGAUUCGAAUUUCACUAAAACUAUGUCUCGUGAGGCUUAUGCAAACAUGUAUGGCCCUACAACUGGUGAUAAAAUCCGGCUUGGUGACACUGAUUUGUUUGCAGAAAUAGAAAGGGAUUUUGCAGUUUAUGGUGAUGAAUGUGUUUUUGGAGGCGGGAAAGUUCUAAGGGAUGGAAUGGGUCAGGCUUCUGGGUACCCAUCAGCUGUCUGUCUGGACACUGUUAUCACUAAUGCCACGAUAAUUGAUUAUACCGGAAUAUUUAAAGCAGAUAUCGGUAUUAAGGGUGGUAAUAUUAUUGCCCUCGGAAAAGCGGGUAAUCCAGAUACAAUGGAUGGUGUAUCAGCCAACAUGAUCAUUGGGGUCAAUACAGAGGUGAUUGCUGGAGAAGGAAUGAUUGUUACAGCAGGGGCUAUAGACUGCCAUGUGCACUUCAUAUGUCCUCAAUUGGCUUCUGAAGCAAUAUCCAGUGGAAUUACUACUUUGGUAGGAGGUGGAACUGGACCUUCUUUUGGGACACGCGCAACUACCUGCACACCUGCACCUUCACACAUGAAAUUUAUGUUGAAAUCCACUGAUGAUAUUCCACUAAACUUUGGUUUCACUGGUAAGGGUAAUAGUUCUAGGCCAGAAGGACUUCCUGAAAUAAUAGUUGCUGGAGCAAUGGGACUGAAGCUUCAUGAGGAUUGGGGAACGACUCCUGCUGCAAUAGACAGUUGUCUUAAUGUUGCAGAAGAAUACGAUAUUCAGGUCAAUAUCCACACGGACACAUUGAAUGAAUCUGGAUUUGUUGAACACACAAUUGAUGCAUUUAAAGGAAGAACGAUUCAUACUUACCACAGUGAAGGUGCAGGUGGUGGUCAUGCUCCUGAUAUAAUCAAAGUCUGUGGAGUUAAAAAUGUUCUUCCAUCUUCAACUAAUCCUACUAAACCUUUCACUUCGAAUACAGUAGAUGAGCACCUUGACAUGCUGAUGGUCUGCCAUCACCUCAACAAGGACAUUCCAGAAGAUGUGGCUUUUGCUGAAUCACGAAUCCGUGCUGAAACAAUAGCUGCAGAAGAUAUUCUGCAUGACAUUGGUGCCAUCAGUAUCAUAUCUUCUGACUCGCAGGCUAUGGGUCGCAUUGGAGAGGUUAUAUGUAGGACUUGGCAAACUGCACACAAGAUGAAAUUACAGAGAGGACCACUGCCGUCAAGUGAAACUGACAAUGAUAAUUUCAGAAUUAAACGCUACAUAGCAAAACACACCAUUAAUCCUGCCAUAGCGAAUGGGUUUUCUAAGUAUGUUGGAUCAGUUGAGGUUGGGAAGUUGGCUGAUCUUGUUGUGUGGGAUCCUGCUUUCUUUGGGGCAAAACCAGAAAUAAUCAUCAAAGGUGGUGAAAUUGCAUGGGCUAAUAUGGGUGAUGCUAAUGCUAGCAUACCAACACCAGAGCCGGUGAUCAUGCGGCCUAUGUUUGGAGCUUUCGGAAAAGCUGGAAGUGCUAAUUCGAUCGCUUUUGUCAGCAAGGCAGCUCUAGACAGGGGAAUAAAGGAACUGUAUGGGCUUGACAAGAGAGUAGAAGCAGUGGGUGGCGUAAGGAGUGUUACCAAAGAAGACAUGAAACUCAAUAAUUCCCUGCCAAAGAUCACGGUCGACCCUGAUACUUACACAGUUACUGCUGAUGGCGAGGUGCUCACGUGUUCACCAGCAACAGCUAUUCCAUUGUCACGAAAUUACUUUCUGUUUUAGGCUUUUAUUGAGAGCCACAGGGGCGAGGUGAGAAUCGAUCCCAAGAUCUCCUGGAACCGGGAGGAAAGCUCUAACCACUAGAGCUAUCCCUCACUCUCGAUUCUACCGAAAUGAUGCUGGUAGUUCAUACACCAUAGAUUACUCUUCUGGUUAAUUAGGUACUCUUCAUUCAUUUUUCUUUUAUUUGCCUGUACACUUGUACUGAAUUCUUUUGGAGGUGGAGGUUAGGGAGGAUUACCCUCUUUGAAUAAGCCAUGAAUAUGUCGUACUAGGUUCUUUUGUCAAACGCAAUGUAUAUGAAGUAUAGAAUUUGAUAAAUUUUGUAAGAUUUAUUCGUACACUACAAGUCUCUUGGACUUGGACUUGAUCUUCUACAUCUUCUGUAACAUCGGUCACGCUCAAGACACUUCUAUUCAUUCAUCAAUUGUUCAGGUUUUUUUUAUCUUGGCCCUUAUGUACAGUAUUAAAAGCUUGAAAGUGAACAUCAAAGGAAAACCGUCUUAAAUCAAGAUUACAGAUCAGAUCUGCACCAUUAAAGGUUAAAAACAGGGACGAAAAAAAACAUAGGCUAUUGAUCAAUUUUACAUGACCCGAAAAUAUUUUGACUAAUAUUAAUUGAUUUUUAUAAUAUUUUGACCUAAAUACGAGUACACGCUAAUACAUUCAAACCGGUCAAAAUGACCUAAGUAGACAUCUUGACUUAGUGGCUAAGAUCAAGGCCUCAAGAGCUAAGGAUAGGUCACAAAUUUGUAACUCCCCUU